ACUCAAUCUAACACACAGCCUAGCCAUUGCACGAGGAGCGCAGCAGGCACUGUACGAUCGCCUCGCCUGUAUCGUACAAUAGCAAGAACCAUCGGCGACUGUGGUCUUUCGCAACACGGGAAAGGGAAGUUCAAUUAUCUCACUGAAUUGCCACCAUCAGGCAUCCGCCGCUCAUCGCUCAUCAUUCACAACGACUGCCUGUUGCUUCAAAGACCUGACCACUGCACGCUAUAGACAAUCGCAACAUCAUCUCUUUUUGCCGACCAGGGACCUCUCAUCUCGCGCAACCUACACUCUUUCUUGACGACUUCGCAACAACCUUUUAUCGCAUUCUCAGCAUCUAGCGUGUUUCUCAAUCCAUUGUCAACUUGUUUCUCUGCUUAUAUUACUUUCUCUUUUCAGCUGCAUCUGCUCUAUACUAGCCUCAUCCACACCUAAUCAUGCCUCCAAAGAAGAAUAAAAAGAAGGCGUCCGCUGCGAAUUCAAGAGGUUUCGCAACAACUUCAGUCGCUUCCAAAGCUAAAGAAGCUGCAUUGGCAACCCCAGUCGAGUCUCCCACUCCACCUGAACCUGUUGUGGAACUGGCAGAACCACAAGACAUCGUUAUUGACCGAGAGCGCGCUGCCCAAGAGGCACUCGAAUCUGCAACAAUCGUGGAGAAUGGCACCAGAGCCUUCAACAAGAUAUGGAGUGAGGUGCAAGUCGAAAGACGCUCUCGCAAGGCAUGCAUCCCUAUUGCUCUGCCUGAAACAAUCAUUGCUCAAGUUCUGACACUUGCUCAGGCAAGUACUUCUCGACUACAAAAACAAACGGCUGCAGAGUCUAUGAGUGAUCUCUACUGUGGCGAGAUUUUGCUUCGUGAGCUGGGCCUUUCCGAAGACCUGGUUAAGACAGUCCUGACGCACACUGCGAUGCCAAGCAGUCCGGAGAAGCUCCUUUACUAUAUUGCAACCGCCACUGAUCACGACAUUCUUUACGACUUUCUACCUGAGCGGCCAAUGACACCCGUCGAAGACGAUCGAGCAUUGACGCCCCCACCGUCCGCCAAACCUCGCAAUAAUCGCGUGAUGGAAAUCUACUCUGACGAGGAAGACCAAGACGAAAUCGCAGCAUCACCAAAUAAGUAUUACGUUGAGAAUCAGCUCAAUCUCCUCGUCAUGCGAGGCCGCAUCAAAAAAGAGCCUGAUUUGGCGCCCAAUAUUGCAAAGCUUGAGAAGCGCUCGCGCGUCAUUGCAUGUCAGAUUGGGUUCAACAGGCAAAGUGCAGCGAAGCAAGUUCAGCGCGCUGUACAAGGCGGUCAUCUUGCACGGGCAGCUCAGACACGCAAAUUGGAACUGACCAAAAUGCAAGCUGCACCAAAGGCUGACAGCCCUGUGGCUAUUCCAGCCGUCCUCCAAGAAGAGCAAGUCAGUGACAGUGAGAGUGACAGCGACGACGAAUGGAUGGCUGUCCAAGGCUCCGGGUCCCGCUCUUCGUCACCAUCUCGAGCUUCAUCUCGUGCGAGCCUUGUGCUGGUGCCUGAUGACCUUACCACUGAUCAAGUCAAACAAUCGGCUGCUUCAGAUGUCGAGGAAGAAGAGCUUGGUGUCUCGGCUCUCUUCGCUGCUGUCGAUUCGCCUCCCACGACAGCGAGUUCGCCUGAUGAAUCUGUUGCUCUCUCGCCCUUCCCCCUAGUUCUGCCACGUCUCUCACAAAACGUCAGCCCAGUCAAGCUCCUUGAACAGCGCCUCAAGCGUGCAGACAAGUCUGCCAAAAUUGAUUUUCUGGACAAUAACACCAAACUUGUCAUUCGCUUCCGUUCAGCAAAGGUAUCGCGCCGGAAAGUGUCUGUUGAUGAGAAGCUCUAUGGCUUCCCUGAUCAAGACACCGCACGCAACUUCUUGAGUAUGCGAGCAUUGUUCUCCGUGCCAGAGUUGGCGACUGAGAAUUUCGGUGCCCGAUUUACGGGUGAGUUUCGCGACGCUUGGCGUAUACUUAAAGACGAAGAUGCCGAAGUGCAACGACUCAUUGUUGAAGGCAAGCUCCGCAAUGUUCGAGAGGUUCACCUGGCACGCCAAAGUCUUGUAGUGCCAUCUCCAAAGACCGCAUUGGGCCCUGCCGCACUCCCUUCGAGUCACCGCAGCCACCACAAGACCACGCGCGACACUUCUGAUGUCAAUGUGCAGCGCAUGUUUGAGCAAAUGAGGUGCUCGGAAGCCUACAUGACCAUGUAUGAGCAUCGUGCUCAGCUGCCCAUCGCAGCAUAUCGGUCCGAUUUGCUACAUGCUAUCCAAAAUAAUCAAAUCACCAUUCUCUGUGGUGAGACUGGUUGCGGCAAGUCCACUCAACUUCCCACCUACAUCUUAGAGUCUGAGCUGGCAAGCUCUCGUCAUUGCAAGAUCUAUGUUACUGAGCCAAGACGUAUCAGUGCCAUUUCGCUGGCGAUGCGAGUCAGCUCUGAGCUUGGCGAGCCACGUCGUGCAAUUGAGCGAGGCGAGUCGUUACUUGGUUUCAGCAUUCGACUCGAUUCUCAAAUCAGCGACAAUUCUCGCCUUGUAUAUGCUACCACGGGUAUUGUCUUGCGCAUGCUUGAAGAAUCACCUGAUUUAGGCGGCAUCACACACUUGAUACUCGACGAGGUGCACGAGCGCAGCAUCGAGUCUGACUUUUUGCUCAUCGUCGUACGGCGUCUCCUUCGCACCAGGCGCGAUCUCAAGAUUGUGCUGAUGAGUGCAACGCUGCAAGCUGAAGUGUUCAAUGAUUACUUUGGCGGUCAUUGCUGCAUCUUCAAAGUCCCCGGCCGUACAUUCCCUGUCGAACAAAAGUUUUUGGAAGACGUGAUUGAGUCAAGUGGCUAUAUCUGUGACGAAGGCAGCUAUUUUGCGAAACGCGGCGCCGUUGCUGAACGUGUCAACACGGAGUGGGAAAUUCCUGAAGACCGCGAGGAUGAGGAUGAAGAUGCCGAAGAGGACCUCAUUACCUACUCUGACCGUACAAAGAGGGCACUCAAGCUAUUGGAUCCCUACAAGGUCAAUUUUGAUUUGAUUCUCAAGCUUCUCGACAAACUAGCCAAGGAGCCCUCGACUCUGACACAGGCAGUCUUGAUUUUCAUGCCAGGUAUGGGUGAGAUUCGCCGUUUGUUCGACACAUUACAAGCACACAAAGUCUUUGGCGACGAGCGAAAAUGGCUAAUAUAUGCACUGCAUUCAAGUAUCGCCAGUGAUAAGCAGCAAGCUGCCUUUGAUGUCCCACAGCGGGGCAUUCGCAAGAUUGUCAUUGCCACCAACAUUGCAGAGACGGGUAUCACGAUUCCAGACAUUACCUGCGUCAUUGAUGCUGGUAAGCACAAAGAGUCUCGCUUCGAUGCUCGUCGACAGCUGAGUAGACUUGUGGAGACAUUCAUUGCAAAGGCGAAUGCGCGUCAACGCAUGGGUCGUGCUGGGCGAGUGCAGCCAGGUGUUUGCUACCACCUCUUUUCUCGAGCGCGCUUCAACAAAAUGGCUGAACACCAGCUGCCAGAAUUUCAGCGUCUCAAUCUCGAUGAGCUUGCGCUGCGUGUCAAGACGGUUGGUAUGGGUGGCAUCGAAGAAGUAUUGCUUGAAGCACUGGACGCGCCUACUCCCGAAAAUAUCAAGCGAUCUAUUGCCAGUCUCAUUCAAGUGGGUGCUCUGGACGAAGAUCAAAAUCUGACCUCGCUUGGUCGAUACUUGGCCCGAUUGCCAGUAGACGCAACACUCGGAAAACUCAUCCUAUACGGUGUACGAUAUAGCUGCCUAGACCCUUGUCUGGUCAUCGCUGCUGCGCAGAGUUCCAAGGCGCCCUUUGACACGCCCAUGGGCCGCGAACGCGAGGCUUCGGCUGCCAAGCAAUUGUUCAGUCGUGGCGAUUCCGACUUUUUGACGACCUGGACGGCCUAUCAGAAAUGGCGACAAGUGUGCAUCGACAAACCCGCUCACGAACAGAAAUUCUGCCGGGAUAGUUUCCUGAAUGGCAAGUCUCUAGCUGCUAUUGAAGAGCUGAGACUCCAGUACCUCAAAAUUCUGGUCGAUGCAGGCUUGCUGCAAGUGGGCGAACAGGAUCGUCGAGCCAUUCAGCGUGCUCGAUUUAUGAGCAGUCGCGAUGGAUUCAUCAGAACACCUGCACACGUUGAGCAAAACACCGAGACGCACACCUACAUUGAGUUGUGUAUCGCUGCAUCCUUCUAUCCCAACAUGGUCAGCUGUCGCGAUGGCUUCAAGACCGUCUCAAAGGGCCAAGUGGUGUCCAUUCAUCCCUCGUCUAUCAACCAUGGCAGCUCUGGCUCGUUUGCAAAGCCGUGGGUAGCUUUCUUCUCGUUGCUCAAGACAAAAGGCCCGCUCUAUGCGCAUGACACUGGGCUCGUUGAUGAUUAUGUUGUUGCUCUCUUCUGUGGCAAUGUUGAAUUCAAGCCUCUUUCCGGCAUCAUCAGUAUCGACAGGAAUCGCAUCCGCUUCCGAGUGGGUAGUCUGCGGACAUGCAUUGCACUCGCAGUAUUGCGAAACAACCUUGCACGUUGCUUUGCACGAUUCAUGGACAGGCGCACGUCGCUCAAUGAAGCUGUUCAAGAUGAGGAAGCGGCGUGGCUCAACAUUCUUGGAGAGUUGAUCAAAGACUUUGAUGAAGUGCAUCGCCAACGUCUACGAUAAUGUACAAGAUGAGUUGUACAUGCUAUCUAUGCCACGGCACUCCCUAUGCUGCCUCCUUCAUGUAGUGUUCGCACGAGACGCAUGUCCCAGUCUUGCAUUUUGUCUCCUGUCGGUGUUUGGUCCCUUGGCACAAGCUCAUACUCUCUCGCAGCACAGUUAUUGUAGUAGUAACCUCCCACACGCUCUGCUUCCGGCAGCGGGUCCAGUCCAAGAAGGUAGCGAAUGAAUGCCCCAUGACUGACCACUGCGAUCGCUUCUCCGUCAAUGGCAUCCUCAGCACUUGCUAAUGCAGCGAGGUGUUGACGAACGAUAUGUGCACGCUCGUGCAAGCGUAUCCGAUCGAAGCUGAACAAGCCCCGUUUCGCCAACCACUCUUCUUCUGUUCCAUCCGCUACAGCUGCGUCACU